AUGACCAAAACAGCAUCUCAGGUAUCAUCAGUGGAUGACACGAACAGCAAAAUGUCUCUACUUAGUUUGUUUUUGAAUUCAUCGUCUUUAAUAUUUACAUCUUGGGGGGUGUAUAAAGCCACGAACGUGGUUCUCCCCCCAAAUUUGCAGUUAGCGGGUCCCAAACAGUUUUUAACUAUAAUUGGUGCUUAUAUUACUUUGGUGAAUAAUGGGAUCCAAGUUUUGAAUUUAUUGUUUUCAACUGAAGGUUCUACUGUCGAUAACAUUGCACGGGAAGGAACGUUGCCGAUUACGUUGGUGAUCGAAUCCAUAGUCUCUUCCGUUUAUUGGCCUUUGAGAUUGUUUUUCAUCCAUAUGAUUCUUCACGGUGUCGAGCCAGAUGGAGAACCUAAUUUGUCUAUACAGGCAGAUCUUUGUGUUCAUCUGUUCCCUGUUGUCUCGUUACUUAUGGACUACUUCCUUGUCAAGCAGGAACCAUUCCAAAUGUCUAAAGGCGUGGCCUGGUUAAUCAUUACUGCAUUUGGUUUCAGUUACAAUAGAUGGUUGAAAUACAUUGUAGCUAAAGAUCUAGGCCAAGCUUACCCUUACCCGUUCUUGGAUGUUCCAGAACCUUACCUCUCUAUAAUAUUCCUUGCUGUCACCACCAUUUCCUGGGGAUUCUACUGUCUAUAUAUUUGGAUUCAUCCGUCACCAGAUGCCGCCGCUUUGAAGGGCAACAAGAAGUUGUAG